CUCUCUUCGCUCUGAAGCAAAGAAAAAUAUGCAAAAUCCUUUGUGAAAACAAAAUCACAUUUGAUUUCUGAGAAUUUAUUUAUUUUCUCUAAGGUAGAGAGUGAGGAGAAGAAACUGACAAAUCAAAUCUCUGUAAUGCACUGUGAAGAUCUCGAAGACCAAGGCGAAGAAGAAGAAGACGAAGCACCCAGUGAUUUCUCGUAGAGAAUGGUGGCUGCGAUUCCUCAAGCAGCGGCUAUCUCCACCACCGACUCUAAGAAUCCACCUCGAGAUCGGCAAGACAAACCUCAACUCACAGCUAACAAUGGCGGACUACAACGAAGACCUAGAGCUGCUAAAAAUGUCCCCUCGCGCUACUUAUCUCCUUCUCCUUCACAUCCCACGUCCACCACCAUUGCUACAUCUACUUCCUCUUCUUCUUCGUCUUCGAUACUGAGGUCAAGUAAGCGAUAUCCUUCCCCUUUGCUCUCUCGCACGACGAAUUCUGCUUCUAAUUUGGUUAAGACGCCUUCCUCGUUGCCCAAACGGUCUCAAUCGGUGGACCGUCGUCGUCCGUCGGCAGUUUCUGACACCAGAACGGAAAUGUCGGCGGCCACGAAGAUGCUUAUCACUUCUACUAGGAGUUUAUCUGUUUCUUUUCAAGGAGAGGCGUUUUCUCUUCCGAUUAGUAAGAAAAAGGAGACUACCACGCCGGUUUCUCACCGGAAAUCUACUCCGGAGCGGCGGAGAGCGACACCGGUUCGAGAUCAUAGGGAGAAUUCUAAGCCGGUGGAUCAGCAACUGUGGCCAGGUGCUUCUCGGAGGGGAACUUCUGACUCUGUUGUGCCGAAUUCGCUUUCUAGAAGCGUGAAUUGUGACAGUGAUGGUAGUGGGAAGCUUGGAUCUGGCUUUGUGGGAAGGUCAAUUCUGCAGCAUUCUCAGAGUUCUAGGGUUUCUGUUGAUGUGAGAUUGAAUUUAGAUUUAGGAGGAUGUGAUGGAAUUUUGGAAAUGAGAGAUGAGAGCAAGAUAAGACCAAGCACGCAUCCAAGAUUGGCUUCUAGUGUUUCGUGUGACUUUACUGCAUCUGAUACUGAUAGUGUUUCAUCUGGUAGCACUAAUGGUGCGCAGGAAUGUGGUUCUGGUGUCAAUGGUGAGGUUUCUAAAACAAGGAGCUUGCCGCGUAAUAAUGCUAUGGCUUCUGCUAAAUUCUGGCAAGAGACUAAUAGCCGGUUAAGGCGGUUUCAGGAUCCUGGCUCACCUCGAUGUUCUAGCCCAAGUUCCAGAAUCAGUAGUAUCUCAUCAUCAAAGUUCAGUCAAUCGAAACAGUUCUCUAGUGAUAGUCCGUUGACAUCAUCUCCUCGCGGUAUGACUUCUCCAAUAAGGGGUGCUACUCGCCCUGCUUCACCAAGUAAGCUUUGGGCAACAGCUACAUCAACUCCAGCUAGGGCACUUUCUAGUCCUUCCCGAAUGAGAAAUGGAGUUUCUGAACAAAUGAAUGCUUAUAACCGCACCUUGCCUUCAAUUCUAUGUUUCUCUGCUGAUAUUAGGAGGGGAAAAAUUGGGGAGGAUCGCGUUAUGGAUGCCCACUUGUUGAGGCUUCUGUAUAACCGUUAUCUGCAAUGGCGGUUUGCCAAUGCGAGGGCGGACUCUACUUUCAUGGUACAUAGACUGAGUGCAGAGAAAAACCUCUGGAACGCAUGGGUAUCAAUCUCGGAACUACGCCAUUCUGUCACUCUUAAACGGAUCAAGUUGCUUUUGCUGAGGCAGAAACUGAAACUAGCUUCCAUCUUGAAGGAGCAGAUUGGUUAUCUAGAAGAAUGGUCUCUUAUGGACAGAGAUCAUUCAAAUUCUUUGUCAGGAGCGACUGAAGCUUUGAAAGCGAGCACGCUUCGUCUUCCAAUUAGUGGAAAAGCCUUGGUUGAUAUUCAAGAUCUCAAGCAUGCUGUUAGUUCAACUGUUGAUGUCAUGCACGCUAUGGUGUCUUCGAUUUUCUCGCUGACAUCGAAGGUGGAGGAAAUGAAUUCAGUAAUGGCGGAAAUGGUGAAUAUCACUGCGAAAGAAAAUGUUUUGCUUGAACAGUGUCAAGGAUUCUUAUCAAGAGUAGCAGCAAUGCAGGUAACGGACUGCAGCAUGAAGACGCACAUAAUACAACUAAGCCGGAUAUAAACCAACCUGACUUCACAACUGUAGAAACUGAUCUCCUCUGAGCUUACACGACUAUUCACGCCACUUCACAACAUGAAUGAUUUCUAACAACGUUUUACACUCCCAUGGCCUUCCCUCGGAUUCCCAAAACCGCCUUUAUUGUUUUCAACCGGAUCAAGGUGAGAUUCUCGGGAUAUCUGUUUCACUGCACUCUGGGAUUCGACGUUUUUUUAUUUAAGUUCCUGCAUUGGAGAUUUACAGAAGAGAGAGGUAAAAGAAUAGAAUGUGGUGUUUAGUUUUGCCUAUGAAGUUAGCUUAAUUGUAUACAGAAAAAGCUUCUAAUAGAUCUUUGGCUUUUGUUCUCUAAUGAAGAAAAAAAAUGUACAUAAAGAUGAAGAUAUCAAACUCUCUUAUUUAGAGUUGGAUUUCUUGCUGUUUUCUUAUUUCCCAUGUGUCGUUUCUUCUCUUUUGUGUAUAGACUUCUUGUCGUUUUUAUGUGCCGCAUCAAUGCGUCUUUAGUACGUGUUUGUGUCAUAGUGUGCUAAAAGAAUAAGACAAAUGACGUCAC